UCGUCCUACAAAUUGCCAGCUCUCCGCGCGUCCCUCCCUCGGUCUCCAUUAAAAAAGCUCCGGGGCCGCUGCUGCUGCUGGGGGGGCCGCCCGGCGCCCCGGGACCGAGCUCCGGCCGGGUGAUUACCGGAGUGCGCCUAUUUAAGUUAAAAGCUUUUCCCCCCCGACUCCAAAUGAAACUUGAUGAGGGCCCGUCCUUAGUUAUCAGGGGAGUCACUUUCUGGCCAGUCCUCUUGAUUCAUCUUUUUAGAUUUAAUCAGCAUUAGGGUAUUGCUUGUCCUUAAGAGCUUUAGCUUAAUGGGGUUACUGGAUGCUGUUCUCAGCGCGGCGUUUCCCGUUUGAUAGAUAUUCGCCCUCGACAAAGCCGGGCUGAGGUGGUGGCACCGAGGCCGGUUCUUUCUUUUAAGAAACCCGAAGUGAUUUAAGGCGCAGGGAGACGGCGUUAGGGCUCGGAGCAGGAAAUGCGGAUUCAUUUGGGCUGUAGCUGGAAACUGUAACAAAAGGCAAUUCCUGAGCAAAUGCAUCAGAAAUCAAUUUACAUAAAGGCCAUGGUGAACCCCGGCGGCAGCGCGCAGCCGCCCCCGGUGACGGCGGGCUCCCUCUCGUGGAAGAGGUGCGCCGGCUGCGGGGGGAAGAUCGCCGACCGCUUCCUGCUCUACGCCAUGGACAGCUACUGGCACAGCCGCUGCCUCAAGUGCUCCUGCUGCCAGGCCCAGCUGGGGGACAUCGGCACGUCCUGCUACACCAAGAGCGGCAUGAUCCUCUGCAGAAACGACUACAUCAGGUUAUUUGGAAAUAGUGGUGCUUGCAGUGCCUGCGGACAGUCCAUUCCUGCUAGCGAGCUGGUCAUGAGGGCACAGGGCAACGUCUAUCAUCUGAAGUGUUUUACAUGCUCUACCUGCCGGAAUCGCCUGGUCCCGGGAGAUCGGUUUCACUACAUCAAUGGCAGUUUAUUUUGUGAACAUGAUAGACCUACAGCUCUCAUCAAUGGCCAUUUGAAUUCACUUCAGAGUAACCCACUACUGCCAGACCAGAAGGUCUGCUAAAAGGUCAGAGUAUUGCAGAAUGCGUGCCUUCAUCUCAAAUUUUGUUCAUCACAGAUGGAUCCCAUGUCUCCAAGUAGACAAGUCACCUUUGUAGCUAGCAUCAGUGCCAGCUCCAUACCAUUGCACCUUCUUUAUUCUUGAUUGCCCUUCCCACAUUUAUUGGUGUAUUAAAAUGACUGAAUAUGAACAUUAAGGACUCCAUGAACCUGGGCUAAUGGGAGACUGUAGAGAAAAUGAAAAAAGAUCCACCGGAGGACAUCUUUGGGGGGGUGGGUGGGGAAGAUGACUAAUGAAGCUAAUUAAAAGAAGCAUUGAAAUCUGCUUUCUACCCUCAUUAACAAUUAGCAGGGCACUAGCCAGUUUGUACCCUGUGUUUUACCUUAACAACAUUCUAUUUGCUCUUUGUAUAUUUAAGUGUUGUAAGGAAAUGUGUUUCAAUCAAACUGAACAUGAGAUAAAGGAAAGAUGUGGCUUUUGUGAUAUUCUAUCACAAACACUUUUAUUGUAUCUCUGUAAAAUACAAUGUAUGUAUGCAUGUAAGUGUUUUUGUCCUAAUGUUGCUACUUCCCAUGGCAAAAAAAAAAAAAGGAGAAAAAGGAAAAAAAAAGUCAGGCUCAUAGCAGCUACUGUGUAGAAAUUUUCACCUACUUCUAAUUUGCUGAAUGAAGAAAAAUCUUUUAUUUGUGAUAUUUUCAGAGACAUUUGCUCUAGUAUGGUGUAUUUAAAUAAUAAAAAGUAAAACAAAAACCACUGAA